CAGUGACAGACGGCACUGCAGAAGCUCUGAACUCGUAAGCGUAUCGAUUUUUAUGAUUGUAGUGUCUGUUUCGGUAGUUUUAGUGUCGUUCCAUGGCAGAGUCAGUGAAUGGGGUGUUUAUAUAAGGCAAGACGAAUCAGUAUUGUGUGACUGAGAACGUUAGAAGAUGACGAAGGACAGAUUAGCUGCCCUUAAGGCGGCUCAGAGUGAUGAUGACGAUGUUGGACCUGAUGAUGUUGCUGUCAACGUCGAAGGAAGGGAUGGCUUCAUGGAUGAAUUUUUUGCAGAGGAGGCGCAGUCAACUGAUCGGGAUAGUGGAAAUGGAGGUGUUUCAGCAUAUGUCAGAAACUUGUUUCAGAGCUUGGUCCCUGGUGAAUCCUUCAGAAGGUUAUACAAUCGAUCUUCCAUGAAUUCGUUUUCUGAUUUCCAUUCAUUUUUGUCUAAGGUGGAAGAGAUUCGGGAGAUGAUAGACAAGAUACAAGCCAAUGUGGAAGAAGUGAAGAAAAAACACAGUGCCAUCCUCUCAGCUCCUCAGACUGAUGAGAAGGUCAAACAGGAGCUGGAGGAUUUAAUGGCUGAUAUUAAAAAAACUGCCAACAAAGUCCGUGCCAAAUUAAAAGUCAUAGAGCAAAACAUAGAACAAGAAGAACAUACAAAUAAGUCGUCUGCUGACUUGAGGAUACGAAAGACUCAGCAUUCGACACUGUCAAGAAAAUUUGUCGAAGUAAUGACAGAGUACAAUAGAACGCAGACAGACUACAGAGAACGAUGCAAGGGUAGGAUACAGAGGCAGCUAGAAAUAACUGGCAGAUCAACAACAAAUGAGGAGCUGGAAGAUAUGUUAGAGCAAGGAAACCCAGCUGUGUUCACACAAGGGAUAAUAAUGGAGACUCAGCAAGCCAAACAGACCCUAGCAGACAUAGAAGCAAGGCAUGCAGACAUCAUUAAAUUAGAAAACUCCAUUAGGGAACUGCAUGACAUGUUCAUGGACAUGGCAAUGUUAGUGGAAAGCCAGGGAGAAAUGAUAGACCGUAUCGAAUAUCAUGUAGAACAUGCAGUGGACUAUGUCCAAACAGCCACACAAGACACAAAGAAAGCGCUGAGGUACCAGAGUAAAGCUAGGCGGAAGAAGAUCAUGAUUAUGAUCUGCUUGGCCAUUCUCGUAGUCAUCCUGGUUUCCACUGUAGGAAGUUACUUUGGAAUGUAAAUCAACUGUUCAGUGCCAUGACAUUUUGCACAUCUCCAGUCCAGGAAAAUGUACUUCCAUCAGAAAAGCUGCAAAGGACAUCUCUAGAGACAAGUUUUCAGGUUGCAGAUGUUAUAUAACUAAGAUAUUUAUUUAUGGUAUAUUUACAAACGAGAGACAAAUAUGUGGCACCAGUGUUAUAAACCUUAAAAAAAAAGAGUAAGAUACUGUAUGAAUCUUUGUCAAUGCACACAAAGAAAGAUAUUAUCUACCUGUAAAAUGGUCUAUUUGCAAUUAUUUAUUCAGUGUUCUUUAUAAUAUUUUCACUUUUAUUUCAGUUUAUUGUAUGUUACUUCUGCACAGAUAAAUUGUGUAUAACAUCAGUUUAUUUCAUUUUGUGCAGUCUUACAACUCUUUGACUUAUGCUGAUUAAAAGAUCUGAGAGAAAUAUAUUUAGCCAAAGAUUUUGAAAUGCCAUAAAUUUUCUUUGUCUGUUGACUAAUUAAAAACUUCAGAAAUGCUCAUGAGUUCAGAAAUAAGUCAAAUUCAUUUUCCAAAUUAUGCUACUGACCUUCAUCUAAAGGACAUGUAAUCUGAUAAUAAAGCUUGGUUGCAGUCUAGGUCAAGCAGUUUGAAUUUUCCAUAUCUGUGUUUGAAGAUUGGACUGUGGCAUUGUCAGAAAGCUAUGUGUUUAAACUAGACUUACAGGUAGAAACAAAUGAAGCAUUGCACUUUAAAAAAAUUCAUUAUGUAUAAUUUCAUUACUAGAUCUGUGCUGAAUCAGCCUUCACUAAGGAAGACUGUUGCUGCAAAUGAUUUAAAUGAUUUAAAAAGUGAACUUUGAUUUAAAUGAUCACUGGUAAUCUGUAUGGUGAUUCAGCUGAAAGCAUUUUGAUCUGACACUUUUUCAACAUAUUUAACUGUAUAGAUGAUUAUUUAUUAUUAUUUUUAUUUUCUUUGAUUAGUUUCAUUAUUAUAAUUAUUAUUUAUUAUGUUACUUAUUUUAAGUUUUGGGUAAAAUUGAAAUUCAGUGCUUGAGAUGUCAUGUCAGCAUCCUGGGUGAGUGAAAAGUUUUGCUGUAGCAAUAAUAAUGACGUGCGACAAAUGUUCUUUUUACACAUGUGAUAAGUAGUUGCAAAUGUUGGGUUUUGUUGAAAAUGUUAGAUAGGAAGUUGUGUAAUAACUGUGAAUGUUAUAUACAUACUAUAUAUAUAUAUAUAUAUAUAUUAAAAAUUGUACAGAAAGUGUAAUCUAGUUGUGUGUAUAGUCGGGAUAAUAUACUUAAAACUUUUUUGAUAAACUGUUAACUAAUUAUUAUCAGCUUCUUCUUGGUGUGAAUACAGUGUGCUGCCUGUGGAGUGAGUUGUUCUGGUGAAACUGAAAGAAGGAAACAGUGCCCUUCCAGUAAUAAAUUCAAUUCAACAGGAGCAGAAUUUCAUGUAGGAAUGGGAACACAGUUGAAUCAUCUCACUGGGAACUCUGAAAAUAUUUUGUGAUUGGAACUUGUUGAUAUACUUGAAAAACUAAAGUAUUCCAUUAUUUUCACAAUGAACCACAUAGGUUAGAUCAGAUUUGAAAACAAGAUAAGAAUUAGGAAUUGAAAUUUUUUAUUGUAUAUUACUCUAGUCUUAGAGUCAAAAAUAUGGCACAAUCAACAUCUUGUUGAAAUGAUCUUUGGCCUAAUACUUACAGACUACCAUAAAAUUUUUCAACGAUUUGUUUGAGAGCCUAUUAUUUCCAAGGUUAUACUCGGUAUGCAUGGUAUAAACUUUUUGUUGCAUAGCAGUGAAUAAGACAUGUUGAAUUAUGUUUUCCACUCUGAUUUUCUGUUCUUUACCUUGCAUUUUUACAUCAUUACCGAGAAUCAAGUGAAGUAUACAUCGUUCUCCCAUUCCAGUACAGUUAUACUAAUGUGCGAGAAAUAUAGGAUCUCCACAAAAAUGACAUUUAUUUGAAUAUUUAGAGUUUGGAAUAUGUUUAAGUACAUAUUUUUCUUUCAUAGUACCAGAAUACAUAUAUGGGAAGAACAUUUCAAAUAACUUACAUUAUCUUUGAAACAAUGUAAUUGCUGUUAUGGCAUUAUUUUGUCGGAGGUAGGCUGUUGGAACUCUGUCGUAUAUUUUCAUGAAACAAAUAAAGUUCAAUAUAUGGAUUGCAAACAGCUGAAUGAUGUUUCCGUUCAUAUGAGUUAGAGUAUUUUCAUUCACAUGCAGCUUUAAGAGUUGGAUCAUGAUUAAAAUUACUCCUAAUUUCCAUAAACUGCCACUCUUUAGAAAUAGAUAAGUAGGCCUAUACAAAAUACAAAAAGAAAUCAAAAGAGGCAUUAUGUCAUUUAAGCCACAGACAGAAACUUUUCCAUUACUUCCAAAAGUGCAGCUUUAGAAAACAAGCCAUUAAGAAAUCAUUAGUGUUACUGAGUGUUUAUUUUACUUGAAUUUGCUACUUGGCACCCACAGCAUGUUAUGUGCAAUGCAAGAAAAGAAAUUUAUACUAACCUAUGAUAUUUUUCUGAGAAAAUGUGAUCAGAGUGCUUGAUGAUAUGACGUUCUUUCCUUCUUAAGUAAACUCAUUUUUAGAAUUAGAGGACAACAGAAGUGACACUUUUGAGAAUUCCAGUUGUACAAUGAAUAUCAACAGGAAUAAUAGUAGUAGUGUAUACCAUUGCAUAAUAUCCUUUUACUGAAAUUGUGUUUAUUUUAAUAAGCAUCUAGAUUUUUUUUUAUUUCAUUCCAGUUUGCCUUAAGAAAUAUCCCAAAAGUUUAUAUUGUUUCCCCCUUCACUGAAUGUAAUAUGUCUUUAACUCAUACAAAAUGAGUAAUUAAUAGAUACUGUGUAUCUGUUAAAGUAAUACACUCAUAUGAUUAUGGAAUAUCAAUUAUUUUCAUAUGAAUGUAUUUUAUCAUAUGCUUCCAAUCACUAAUUUAGUGCUCUUUUACACAGAUUCUGCACUGCAAAUUUGUAUUAAAAGAAAAAAACAUGUAUGGUUUGUACAAUAUGCAUCAUACAUUGUGAUACAGAUGUUUAUUUGCAAGUUUGUUAAUGUUGUGUGACAGCUGUAUGAUGAUUGACAUGUGCUUUAAUGCAGUCUUAUUUAAGAAGAACAAAUAAAUUUCAUUUGUCGAAAAGAAAAUUUGUAACCACACUCUGUUUCACUUAAUUGAAAGUGUUUGUCCCUUGGUUCCGAAGAAAGUUAUAAUACACUUAUUUAUGAAGAUUUCCUCAGUCACAUGGAGAGAGAGAGAGAAAUAUACCUAGAAAUUAUCCCCUAAAAUUAUGGAAAAGAUAGCCAACAUUCUCUUCUCAGACUUUUCCACAUUUUCUUCAAAUCACUUUCAUCAUAUUACAUUCAAUGAAAUCAGGAACUUCAACCUUCAAAAUUAUUCUCUGAGAUAAGUGUGUAACUACUGUAUAAAGGACAUCUGUCUUCCAUAUAACUUUAACCAUUGCUUAAGCUGAGAAAACAAUAUAUCGUGCACAAGUUAAAAAUUUUAACCUGAUUCCUGCAUUCGUUAACAGGCACACUGAUAUUUCCAAAUUACUUUUUGUUCUGGCAAGGGAUGAAGUGGUUUGUGUUUUGUUUAAAAUAAAUCUUCUCCUUGACGUACUUCAUGAUUGUUUUGAGUAGAUGUUAACACACCUCAUUACAUACAGCUUUAUUCAGAAAAUAUUUAAAAAAAACUGCCAAUCCAUUUGUAUACUAUGUUUUUCCUUCAUCAGCAGUUUCUAAUUAAAUUGUUGCCUUUUUAUAAAUUCAAUUACAAAUCACUAAGAUGUGCAUAAUAAUGAAAAAAGUCAUAAAUAUCAUAACAUGUGUGAAUGAAGUAUCAAUACUGAAUGUCAUAUUAGGUUUGUAUUAGGUAGAAAAUCUCAUGGUCGACAGCCAAUUUGUAGCAGAGUGUAGAACGCUGAAAUCUGGAUAGUAAGAGAAAUAUGAAUGUUUGUGUGCUUCCUGUCAUUAAUAAAUUUCUGACUCAUCAUCCAGAAUAGCUGGGCUUACUGUGAUCUCAUACAGGUUUACAAAUAAAAUCUGCGGAGUUUCAUUGAUACUCUUUGUAUCUGUAAUGCCCUGUCUUGGAAUCUGCAUUGGAAGAGAUGUUAUAUUCCUGAACAAGAGAUUUACUUGAGCUGCAAUAACAGAAGUUAGUUCCUUAUAAUUUUUUGUCAUUAUAUAAACUGUAACUCAUUUCAUUAUUGUUUGGCAGAAAUCUAUGCAAGAUUUCUGCAUAAUUGGGUUUAGUUAUAUUUGAGCAGCUCUUUCUGCAUCACUAGCAAUUAUUGUUAUUUAAUUUAUUUUAGAUUAAUUGCCAAUAUACUAGAAUGAUUUUAAUAUUAAAGCAGAUAUUGCAAGGAGGGCAUAAUUAAAAUUGAUAAACAGUAAAAAUUAUUUUUUUGAAAAGGUGAUUACAGGUAACUUCAAAUGUGUUCUGCAACACAGAGGAACAUUGUAAUUUGCAAUGAUUCUGUUUGCAUGUGUCAACUUUUAAAUGUUAAUGAAUGCAUUUAGGGUACAAAUUUCUUGUUAGUUCUGCAAGGACAGAGACUCUUGAUAUAGUUAGACUAGUUGUUGUUCAACAAAACUGAUCUCUUGUUCAUGUCAAUUCUCUCAAAUUAACUUUAUCAUACAUGAAGCAUUUGUUGUGUGAUGCAAGAAGUGAAAAUAACAUUAGAAUGAAUUCACAAAAAUAGGUUAAACAACACAGAUUUGUCUAAGAAACUAAAGAAAUUUAUAAAUAUUAGUAAAAUAAUGCAGCAUAUGUUUCAUCUGCUCAUAAAUUAAAAUUCUGGCAAAAGUUCAUGUUUUUUAAGUAUUCUGAAUGUUCCUUCAAUUGUACAAAGUGGCCAUGUGAAAUGAACACCUUCCAUAAUCAUGCUUGUGGUUGUCAUUUGAAUUCCACUACUUCUGUACAACACAGUUAGUAGGAAAUACAGUUUCAGAUAAUUAUAUGACAGUUAACAUUAACCAUGAUGUGUUUUCCAGGCCUUGUAUAAGCACCAGAGGAUGACCUUUUCGAGCAUGUGUGUAAUGAUUAUGGAAGGUUAAACAUGUGAUCAGCUUUUAAGAUACCCUUCCCAGUUAUUACUGAAACCAGCACAAAUGUUGUCUUUUAUAGAUUGUUUGUAUCUGUGUUAUGUAAUCUAAGGUAUGGUGCUCUUUGUUAAGAAAGGGAAGAAACUGUAUUUGCAAUAUGUGAUAUAUCAAACAUGUAAUUGUGGUUCAUAGAACAAAUGUUAAUUAAUUUUAUGUACUUCAUUGUUGCAAAUAUUUUGUUGGACUUUUAAAUAUUCCAUAUAGGCUUGAUUUAAAGAAAGAACUGUAACUCUUUUUCUGUCAAGGAUGGUUGAAUGAGCUGAACACUAUCAAAACUCUAUGGUAACCCAUUUUAAAAUACAAUGAA